AGUGUGCGCGCGCGCGUGUCCGGGUGUGCAUGUGUGUGUGUGUGUGUGCGUGCGCGCACAGACACGGGCAAGAUGCGGGGUCCGAGUGUGCGCUGACGGAUGUGGGUGCCUUGCCCGGCGGCACUGCGGCCGUGUGCGUGUGCGUGUGCGAGACGGGGAGCGCCAGGCGAGGGUGCAAGCCGCUCACGUCCCCAUUCAUUCUUUGCAGUGUCGGGAAGCCAAGGCUGCGAGAGCAAGCACCACACCUCCCUGGGCGAAUGCUGCCAGGUCUGUGGCCCUGGCUUCGGGGUGUCCGUCCCCUGCGGCAGUGCCGACACCCAGUGUGAGCCCUGCAGAGCGAACGUGACGUUUUCCUCGGUCAGCAGUGCCACGGAGCCGUGCCAGCCAUGCUCCACGUGCGCGGAGCAGGCAGCUGAGCUGUGUACCCCCACCAGCGACACGGUGUGCGCCAGCCCAUGCGCCCACGGGCACUACCUGCAGGCCGGCAACGGGACCGGCGGCCAGUGCCUCCCAUGCCAAGUCUGCCCCGAGGGCUUUGGUGCUGUGACGCCGUGCGGGCCAGCUCACGACACCGUCUGCAGCGCGUGCCCGGAUGGUUUCUACUCGGAGGAGAAGAGCUCGGUGAUGCCCUGCCUGCCCUGCCAGCCGCAGUGCAACGAGAGCAAGGUGAUGAUCCGCCCCUGCAGCCCGCUCUCGAACACGCUGUGCAUGGACAAAGACCUGCAGAUCCUGAAGCGCGGCGAGGGCGAUCCCCGCAAGGAGCUCCCCAGGAUGCCGCCGCUGCCCGAGGACAACAGCAAGAACAUCAUCCCCGUGUACUGCUCCAUCCUGGCCGCCGUGGUGGUGGGGCUGCUGGCCUACGUGGCUUUCAAGUGCUGGAACACCUGCAAGCAGAAGCAGCAGCUGGCCAAAGCCCGGGCCGGGGAGCUGGGGGGCUCCCCCGAGGGCGAGAAACUGCACAGUGACAGCGGCGUCUUCCUGGACACGCACAGCUUGCAGGAGCACCAUCAGCUCAACAAGGCGCCCAAGGCCGAGCCCCGGCUGUACAUCAACCUCCCGCCCCACAAGCAGGAGGAGGUGGAGCAGCUGCUGGAAAGCCCCAGCCACAGCAAGGACUGGCGCUAUCUGGCCAGCCAGCUGGGCUACGAGGACGAAGACAUCGACACCUUCGGCAGGGGCGAAGCCCCGGCUCACACCCUCCUCUCGGACUGGUCUGCCAAGGAGGGGGCCACGCUGGAGGCCCUGUGCGCCGCGCUGGCUGGCAUCGAGCGGCCGGACGUGGUGGACAACUUGACCAGUCCGGCAGAGGCGAGCUCGGUGGUGUAAUGGCGUCUCGCAAGGGCGGGACUAGCAAGAGGCGUUGGACAUGGGAACGAAGGGGGAAGGAUGCCAAAGGAACGCUGUUCGUUAAUUAAACAAGGGGGGGAAAACCAAUUAACAAGCAAUGAAGCCAAACUACGGUAAGAAAACCCCACAAAGCCAUAGAGUCUUUGGGAUGGACAAGCCCACCGGCCUCGAUCCGGCUCCCGCGGGACCCUGCUGCCUCUGCUGGCUGGAGUCGGGACUGCGGGUGCCGCAAAGGGGAGAUGCCACGAGCCCGGGGCAGCCCGUUGGCAGGGUCCCAUCGGCCUCCGGUGACAUAGACUCACCUUUGCGGAGCAAGAGGCCCCUCCUGGGUUUUCCUGCUGCCCGUGGGCGAGGGUGGCAGGGCGUAGGGUGCACCCCGCCGGCCAGGGAGAGAUGCUGGCAUCUCUGCAGAGAGGGGCAGCGGCAUUUCCCUUUGCACCCACUCCCUCCCCAUCCCUCAUACCACCCCAUGGGAGCCCGGGACUCGCAGCCCACUCCGAGCUUGGCUGCCUACUCCCACUCCUCUCUGCGAAAAGGACCUUUGCCAGGAAGGGGCUGAAGCCUUGGAACGGCCUGGUCCUGAAUCGGCUUUGCCCGUCCCUCGCGUACCUGUGAUGCGUGUCCCCGUGGGCACCCCUCCCUUGCAUCUGCUUCUCCUACUCCUUUGUGGCCCUGGCCAGAAAGAAAUUUCCCAGAUCCUUUAGGCUGGUGCCCCGAGACUCGAUCUUCGAGGAAGUUGCCCGACGCCUUUUUCGACCUUGUGAUUCUGCAGCUUUGGGAGCUGGCCCCAGCACCUGCUGAGCUGUGCCAAGUGGCAGAGCAGAUGCCAGGAAGAAUGGGUCGGGGCUGCCCCUGGCCUUCCCCAUACCCCCAGACGAUGCUGCUGGCAACCGCCGGUGUGACCUGGUGCUAUGUACAGGACCUUGUGAUGCCUUUGUACCUGCGGGACCAUGCAGCACCGCAGCCCCUGCCUGCUGGACUUGCUGCAGGGAUCCCCCAGUGCCCCGACAAGCUGCCUGCCAGGAGCUGGACCCCAAGCCGUGGGUCUGUCCUCCACCCCUGCAUCUGGAGCAUCUGCUACUGUGACUGGCAGAGGAACAACUCAUUAGCUCCCCGAGUGGAUGGAGGCCUGAACCAGGUCAUCAGUCGCUUAUUGUCGCACACGGGCACAUCAGUUGCUGCCCCACUGCAGUCCUUGGGACUGAUGGAAAGUGCCUACCUCCUACAUCCCCUCUGGGACCCGGAGGUGUCCACUCCACGCCCGGCUCUGGGUUAUUGCCAAUGCUAGACCUCAAGAAGUGCCUUGUUGUUCAGCCGUGUCCUCUGCUGAAAUCAGGAGGGCAUAAGGGAGCCCUACACCAAUGACUUGCGGACACAUUGCCGCAUCCAUCCUCGUAGGUGUUGGGGGGCUGGUGGUGAAGGCCGGGCUCCAGCCCUGCAGGAAGUUCUCCCCAAGCCCAAACUUUUGGGAGGACCAAACCCAGCCAGGAGAUCAGAUCAGCGGUGCUCCCAUGAGAGCCGGGCAGCUGAUGCACCCAACGUCUGGCCUGUGACUGGGGCAGAUGGCACCUGAGCCAUGCUCAGCUGGGAACGGGAACCGGAUUGAUGACAGCUGCAAAUCUCAGUUCCCCCGUGCCGCAGCCUGGGAUUUUUUUUUAGGCUCGAGCAUUUCAAACCACAGGCAAGCCAAACUCAGUGCUGCAAGCCUGCACAACGCACCGGCCCUGCCCGCUGCAUGCCCACCAAACUGAAGGUCUCCUCGGCUAGGAUCAGCACGCAGAUCACCCCAGACCGCCUACCGUUCGGGGUGCCAGGGCACUGCCCUGCGCUAUUUCUUCUAGACCCCCAUGCGGCACGGAGCAGGGCGUGAUGUCUCGAGGUGCACCCUCACCAGACGUGCCUAUCCAAGGACAGGCUGGGUGCGAUGCAGCAGGAAUACACGGGGACCGGAGGGAAUGGGUGACCGGUGUGAGCCCCCGUGGCUUUAACCCGUGAUAUACUCUUUUCUUUGGUGGGUUUUUUUUUCCUCUUUCUUUUUUUAGGCAAGUCCCUUUCUUCUCAUCUCUGGUCCUGGUGCAUGGAGCGUCACUGACUGCUUUUGCUUCCUGGGGGAUCAUCCUGUAGUUGGGCAGAAACCUGCCGCCUUUGCUGACAUGGGUAUAAUGGUCACAAGUGCAUUAAAAGAGACUUCUGUUGCGCUG